AUGAGACUGGGACUGGUGCUGGUUCUGGUCCUAGCCCUGGCUCUGGUCCUGGCUGUGGGAUCCCAGCCAUUGGACCAUUUCCCCAAGGAGGCCCACAGCCUCAACUGGGGCAAGUUUUCAGGGUUCUGGUACAUUGUUGCCAUCGCCACAGACGCCCAGGGCUUCCUGCCGGCCAGAGACAAGAGGAAGCUGGGGGCGUCCGUGGUGAAGGUGCCCAAGGUGGGCCAGGUGAAGGUGGUCAUUGCCUUUAGCAGGUCUCAGGGCUGCCAGUCCCAGGAGGUGACCCUGAAGAAAGACAGGAAAAAGGCUGUGUUCAGGAACACCUUGAAGGGGGUGAAGGGCUUCCAUGUGCUGUCCACUGACUACAGCUAUGGCCUGGUUUAUCUCCGCCUGGGGCGUACGGACCACAGCUAUAAGAGCCUGCUGCUCUUGGACAGACAGAAUGUCUCCAGCUUCCUGAGUCUCAGAGAAUUCCUGGACACCUGCUACACUUUGCAGCUCACCAAGGAGGCCACCAUUCUUCCGAAAGACGCUUCCUGUGCACACACCAUCCUGCCAUGA